AACUUUCACCGUACUUGAACCAAUAAGGCCUGUAGGGGAGAGAGGGGUAUGUUGAGCAAUUUUUUACAUUCAGCAUCACUAAGUCAAGGGACAUAUAGUAUUCUUUCUAACAAAGGUAUAUACAUAUAUCUUUGAUGUCGACAAAAUGACCGAGCGGUACAGUUACUGUUCGAUUUAGGAAGGGUGCCCCUCUACCCCACUUUCGCCCGAUGACGUGACUGGCCUUAGCCCGCUGCCCCGCAGUUCAGCAUAAUCGAAUCCGCGCACUGAUCCUAAUUUUGAGAUGAGGAUUCGCGGCAAAAAUUCCUUUCGAAUUAUCACGCAAAUCUCCCGCGAAAGUCCCAGUAAAACGCGUGGGAAAGCAUGUCACUUUUGAGAAAUAACGUUUUUUUUUUUUUACCGACAGGCUCAGUUAAAUACGGUCACUGUUUAAACAGGAAGACAGAUUCUGAUAGUAGCCUAACAUCCAUUGGACCAGACCACUAAACGUUUGAAUUCAGCAUCAACACACUCAGACAGCAGCGCUAGCUGUCUGGUUGGCUGGCAUUGUGAUAUACGCUCGCAUCCCUACAUCCUCUCGCAUGGUUGAAGCGGAUUUUGUGCAGGCUACCGAGGCUAGCUAGUGUGAAAUCCGCAGCAUGAUGAACGAUAUGUGUCUGCACUGCACGUUCUUAAUAUUACAUUAAUUUAUUUGUAUUAGAGAACAUUCAAAAGCAACACCUGAGGCACUGGCUGCCAGAUUUUAGGACGAUGGAGAUGUAACGACGAUGAAAUUCUCUGCUUCGACCGCUAUAGACGUUGACAUCAAGCAGCAACUUCCCCAGGUUCUUCACCCGAAAUAAAGCCAUUCUCUGCCUGGGCAGGCUACACCGGCCUGUGCAGAUUCUCCCAGUCAUGGCUCUGGUUACUUUGAAGCGCUCUCCUACCCCAAGCGCUGCAUCCACAGCCAGCACUACCACCACCAACGCGGGGGAGGACUUUGGGAGUGACUAUGAGCGGCGGCUAAAUCAGAGCCUGAGUGAGAGUUUCUUCAUGGUGAAGGGUGCCGCCCUCUUCCUGCAGCAGGGCAGCAGUCCUCAGGGCCAUAAAGCACAACCCCACCACAAACAUGCAGGAGACUUACCUCAGCACCUGCAGGUGAUGAUCAACAUUCUUCGCUCGGAGGACCGAAUCAAACUGGCAGUGCGGUUGGAGAGUGCCUGGUCAGACAGAGUGCGCUACAUGGUGGUGGUGUACACCAGCGGACGACAGGACACAGAGGAGAACAUCCUGCUAGGAAUAGACUUCAGCAACAAGGACAGCAAAAGCUGCUCCGUUGGCAUGGUGCUACCUCUGUGGAGUGACACCAAGAUCCAUCUGGAUGGCGACGGGGGUUUCAGUGUGAACACAGUGAGCCGGAAUCAUGUCUUCAAACCUGUGUCUGUACAGGCCAUGUGGUCGGCUCUACAGAUCCUCCACAAGGUGUGUGAGGUGUCCCGCAGGUACAACUACUUCCCCGGGGGCAUGGCCCUUACCUGGAUGGGCUUUUAUGAGGGCUGCAUCGCCUCGGAGCAGAGCUGCAUCAACGAGUGGAACGCCAUGAGAGACCUGGAGACCUUGAGGCCUGACUCCCCCACCAUGUUUGUCGACAAGCCCACAGAGAGGGAGCGGACCGAGUGCCUUAUCAAAGCCAAACUCCGAAGCAUCAUGAUGUUCCAGGAUCUGGAGAACGUCACCUCUAAACAGAUCCGAACGGAGCUGGAGCAGCAUAUGAGCUGUAACCUGAUGCAGUACAAGGAGUUCAUUGACAAUGAGAUGCUGCUGAUCCUGGGCCAGAUGGACAAGGCAGCACUCAUCUUUGACCACCUCUACCUGGGAUCUGAAUGGAAUGCCUCCAAUCUGGAGGAGCUUCAGGACACUGGGGUGGGCUAUAUCCUCAACGUCACCAGGGAGAUAGAUAACUUCUUCCCAGGAACAUUCUCCUACCACAACAUACGGGUCUAUGACGAAGAGACUACAGACCUGCUGGCCCACUGGAAUGAGACCUACAACUUCAUCGUAAAAGCAAAGAAGAACCACUCCAAGUGUCUGGUCCACUGUAAGAUGGGCGUCAGCCGCUCGGCCUCCACCGUUAUUGCCUACGCCAUGAAGGAGUAUGGUUGGUCGCUGGAGAAGGCCUACGACUUUGUCAAGCAGAAGAGAAGCAUCACACGGCCCAACGCAGGCUUCAUGAGACAGCUGGCUGAGUACGAAGGCAUCCUGGACGCCAGUAAGCAGCGUCACAACAAGCUGUGGCGUCCCAACCGUCCCGACCCAGAAUGCGACCUCCAGGAGGGCCAGCAGGCCCAGUGCUGUGGGAGGGAGGACCCAGAUAAUCGGACCCCUGAGCCGGGGAUGUCCCCCUGCUGUGAGGAGGCUCUGGGGGAGAAGGGGGCGGCACGUCCCCUCUCCCCUUGCAGGAUGAUCAGUCUGGAAGUGGACCCCGCCUACAACAACUACUACUUUCGCAGGCUGUCUGACUCGGCCCUGGACAGUGACCCCUCCACGCCGGUGCGCGCUCCGCCCCUCCUGGACAUGGAGCGGGUCUUCAUAGAGAUAGAGGACGUGGAGCGGGAUGCCCUGCUGGAUGACGAGGCCUUUGGGGGGCGAGAAGGCCUGCCGCUGCCCCACUUUGGUCUGGCUGGGGAGGGGACAGCGGCCCAGACUUGCUGCCGAGGACCAGACCCCCUGGAGGAGCUGCGCCUGCGUCUGGAGUUCAGCACUGUGGAGGAGGAGGAUGAGGAGGAGGCGCAGAAAGAGGAGGCAGAGAUGGAGGCACUAGCACAGCCAGGAGGAAGAGGGGGGAGUCCAGGACGAGGGGAUGGGGAAGGAGAGGUGGAGAUGGUUCAGGAAGAGGAGAGAGAGAAGGAGGGCAAUGGGCUAGACCUGGUAACCUUGAACCAGAACUCCAACAAUAACAACCACUUUAAUACCCUGUCCAGACUCAAUGACACUGCUCCUUCCAAACCUGCUCAUCCAGUCAAGCCUUCAGCCCUCUCUCGAUCAGAUGAAAAGCCUAGCCAUGGAGUGUAUUCACUGAUCCAGGACGCCGAUCUCUGCCUUAACCCCACACCCCUCCCCAGUGUGCCAAGUGUCUCUGUGGAGGUCCCCAGUUCCACGCUCCCUCUCCCACCCACCUCCCCCGACACACCCUGUUCCCCCAGCCUGCUGAACCCCUGUGGCCCUCUGUGUGACUGUGCCAACUGUGCUGCCCCGCCCUCUACACCUCUACCUGAUGCCCAGGACUCCCCCUGCUCUCUGACAUCUGAGAACAGGGCUGAUAUUCUGGAGGGUGAGGGUGAGGAAGGGAAGCUUUUAGGGGUCUCUGAGCCUCUCCCUGUCCCAGAGCUGCUGGGGCUGAGUCUGGAGGAGGAGAGGCCGGUGGUGGCCUGCUGUGUGGCACAGCAGCAAGAGACUCUAGUGCAUCUACAAAGGUCAGGGCUGGUCCGCCGGAGGGCAGAAAGGCUGGAGAGGCUGUCAGGUCUGUCCCUGGAGGGGCUUCAUCCCCUGGAGUCUCCAGGGGCCAGAGAGGGCCCCCGUCCUGUGGAGGGGAAGUUCUCAGCCUUCCCAGGAGACUUCCCCAAGUCCUCCACACCAUGCCCAGUAUGCCUAGAGCUGCUGGUGGUUCCUCUUCCUAAUGAGACCAAUCUGGGUGCAGUGAGAUCUGAGGUGCUGAAGCCCACCUCCUCCUCCCACAACUCCACGCUGACACGUAGCUCCAGCAGUGACAGCAUCCGCAGUGUGAGGGGCAAACCCGGCCUGGUGCGCCAGAGGGCUCAGGAGAUCGAGACCCGCAUGCGGCUGGCCGGCCUCACCGUGCCCUCAAGCCUCAAACGCUCCAACUCACUGGCCAAGCUGGGCAGCCUCAACUUCUCCUCUGAAGACCUGUGCUCUGUCUGCUCCUCGGAUGCAGGCACCCUCCUGCUCCACUCUCUUUCCCCAGAGCCAGGCCUAGAAUGGGAGUGCCCCUCCACCUCCACCUCUACCUCUACCUCCACCCAGCCCAGAGCACACAGGAACCAGACCAGCCCAGAGAGAGCACUGCCCAGGGGGGGCAGGAGCUGACAGGAAGGAUGGAGGGACAUUCCUCCAACCAUCCCUCCAUCUCCCACUCUGAGCUGGAGAGGGUAACACAGAUUUUGGAGAGGGGAGAGGGAUAGUCUUAAAAAACAAAUGUGUGUAUAUAGAAUUAUACAUGUAUAAAUAAACAUUUGAAUAAUAUAAAUUUAUAUUAAUAUAAAUCCACAUCAUAUUUAAGAAAAAAUAAACGGAAUCCAAAUAUUAUACCAUAAUCCAGAUGGUAUUUUGGUUAAAGGCUGUUCUUGCAUGGAGCUCAAUGAAUGUGUGUGCAAAGAUGAACCUCGUACAGAAUACCUGGUCUCCAUCAGGACUUUAAAAAGCUAUUUUCAUUCCUGGUCCUCUGCUUUUCUAGCUGUCCAGAGAUCAGAGUUACAGCUUCAUCAUUAUCACCACCACCAUAUUCAUCAUUAUUAUCAAUACCACCAUAUUCCUCAUCAUCAUCACCAUCAUAUGUAUACCCUGCCUUCCACACGCAGUGGAGAUCACAUAGACUUAUCAUUCAAUUUUCUGUUUGCUUUACCGUUGGUUAAUGGUACAAAUUGUGUUCAUUGGCUUAGUUGCUGUCUUAGUCAGAGUUGAUAAUCAGAUUAUAUUGAUUUUGCUCUAUCAUUGGGGAUAGAUCUGCCGAAGUUUCACCAUGUGCUGAAACAAAGGGGAGAAGAGGGUGUAGUUGCCCAUGCUGUAUUUAUCACUGCUAAUCUAUCUUAGCUUCAGUAAACCUUUUUACAUAGAGCAAUAGGAGACUUACAGAGACCAUAAACUUGUUAUAACACAAAGCACCAUUCAUUCAGCGUGCAGUAUGUUAUUUGGAGAACAAUUGCUGUCAUGUGAUGGAUCAAAUGUAUGUGACAUCACAACAGUCCUGCAGAGUUGGAGUUGGUAUGCUGAAACAUUUUCUUCCUCUUCACCUCUGUGUUACUGAUUAUCCAUUACAAGUUGUAGGUUGUUACUAACGAUGUGAUAUUAGAAAUGUAUUUUAAAUUAUACAAGCAUAGAAUCCAGCACCUCUGCUUCUGAGCCUGCUUUGUAUUUUGGGAUUUGAAUAAAAAAGUUAAUCAAACUGAUUAUUUUGGGAUGAGCCAAAUAGAUGUCACAAAUAAUUUUCUAACAAUUCAGAUCCCAAAAUAAUCAAAUUCAAAACAAAAAGACACUAGCCCUCCCUGCAAGUACUGCAGUAUGAUUCCACUUCUGUAACAAAAGUAAUUCCUCCUUCGAUUUCAUGCUAUAAUGUCCUCCAAGCUUCCAACCUUUACCUGUGGCAGAACGUCUAGAUAUCAUUCCAAGAGUCUUCUGGGACCAUUCUACCUCUGUGACACCACAGUGAUGUGGUGCUUUUAAUUUUGUUUAAGUAGUUUUACAGACCCCGCUCCUGUCAGGUGAGAAGUUCACAUGCUGUAUCGGAUCUGUAUGGGCUGUAUGUUGUAUGAAGGGUAGUCCAUAGUUGUCUAGUUUAUAAUCUUAAGUCUGCUGAGCCUCCCAUGACUGGACACACAGCCAAACCUCACCUGAGAUUCAGCAACAGUACAGUGGGAAAGAUAUGAUGACAUAGCCAAUGGGGCUGAGAAAGCCAUCUUGCAGCUCCUCACUGCCCUCCCUUCCCAUUAGCCUGAGUCUAGGCCCUGGUUUACAAGUGUGAGACCGGAGUCCCCUAUCAGAACCCUCUUGCGAUUUUGCUUUGCUUCUGGAUAACUGCUGGCUACACUGAAUGCUAAUCUUAUUCAAACUGCUCUGUGUCCGUUUUAUAAGUUGAGCAGAGAACUCACAGGAUUCUCUCCCUCUAACUGCUUUUUGAUCCACGCUUGUCUGUAAUCAUGUCCUUUAUUGCAUCUGAGACUUGGUCUUUGAACUGAGUUGCGCUGCAGAAUCAAAUUUGUGAGCAGUUGCAUUGGGAGUCGUACAAAGUCUUCUUUAGGUUCCAGAGACAGCUUCUCUCUGAUCUUUCCUCUGUGGGACUCUGGAUGGUCACACCAUUCCUUAUGCAUGAGCCCUCAACAUCCAUGAUGUCAUUCCACUUCCAUCCUUGUUCUUUCUCUCCCUGUGUCAGUACUGCUGCCCUGAAAUUGAAUUGAAAAUAGUACAAAUUCAUAAUGCAACAUCUUGCUACUUUGCCAUAGAUUUUUUUAUUCUGUUUUUUUUUUCAACAAAAAUGUUGCAGUCAAAUAUUUGCUUUUGAAAUGAUUUUUUAAGUUCAGUAUUUGUGUAUGUUUGUGCAUGAGUGAUUACAUGGUUACUGUGAACUAUUUAUGAGAGAAGUGAAAAUACAUUUUUAAUAGGUUCAUAUUGCACAUGCAUUUCUCCCACGUAUGAGAGCACAUUACGUAUUUACUGUAUGUAAAUAUGUAUUUACAGUAGUCAAUGACGUUAUAGAAUAUACUGCUGUAUAGUACUGUAUGUAUGUGUCUGUUAAUAUGGCGAGCACAGACUUAGUUCUUCCCAAUGACUCCAGUUCCUGUGCGGACACACUGUUUUACUGCAAGCAGUGUCCUUCCAGUUUUAAUCACUUAUGCUGUGUAUUUGUGUAUGUAUGUACAUAUGCUAUUUUAUCGAAAUGACGUGUCAGUUGCCUGUUUUUAUUUUUAUUUUUGAAAAGGUUUUGGUUCUAUUGGGCAUAACCCGAACAGCCACUUAUCACAAAAAUCUUGACCUCAAAGAAAGUGUUAAAUGAGUUGGCACAUUGCCUCUGCCUCUGUCAUUGUACGUCAAAAGACAUGGCUACCAUGAUACUGUAUAAAAUGAUGUAUUUGGUGUGCCACACAGAAACACUGAUGUGAUGUGCACAUACUGUAUACAGGACCGCUGUACUGUAGAGAUGGCUCUGUCAUGUUUCUCCCCAGUUUACACCUUUGCUGCUUCCAUUACAGGAUAAGGGUUUAGUUGCUGUUGUUCUUUCUUGCUGCACACUAGAUCUAGAGAGCAGAGCGAUGGAUGUGCUUCCCAGGUGCAAGGCCAACAUCUCUGGACAGCAGGGCUGUCCUAUGGUGUGUGCAUCAUGUAAUAUGCACUACGUUUAAAAUGUGUGUGGCAAUCUGUGUUGUGGGGUGUGUUGUUCACUGUGGUGCCCCUUAACCCCAUCUAGGUUGCCAUUUUGUGUCUGAUGCUGCACACAGUGCGACUGGAGGUUAUUAGUGCUAUAUGAGUGUGUGAGCUGUUAGUCCACCUCCAUUUAGGUUUGAUUUAUGGACACACAGUAGUGCCUUAGCCGUGAGACCAGAGGCAUAGAGCUGUGUGGCUGUUGUGUGUGUGUGUGGUGCUGCCAGUAUUGCAGAGGAUUUGGAUGGUAGGGUUGAUACAUGAUGGGAGUGGGACACUGACGAGGCUUCCCUUCCUCUUUAGUUAGUCGAACAGUGGCCCUGCAUUUCUAUUCAGUUUUUUCAUUGUUGUUUUUUCUAGCGAUAGACCAAGGGGUGAAACAGGAAUCUGAAGCCUGGUGUUCCUUUUUUAACCUUCUUUGAUUUGGAGGGGGAAAAUAAAAUAAAAUCAUCUUUCUUAUCACAUUCACAUGUCCAUCAGGGUUGCCAAGAUGGGGUUUUGAUUCCAAACUUGUUAGUGCUCUUUGAAAUGUGGGAGAACAUCAAAGUUAUAUCUAUGGGUGUUGUCACUAAAUAGACAGCAUUGAAGCUGUUUAAGAUACAAAAUGAGAAUCAUGAUUAUGUCAAUCUUUUAUUUGCGUCUGUGAUCUGUUACAUCUUAUGUAUUGCACCUUUUGGAGAAACAGAAGAGAGAGACCGUAGGAUCAUCCGCAUACUCACAUAGUGUCAUACCGAUAGAUGAGUGUUCAUAUCACUAAUGGUUUAUGAAGCUUCUUAUAGGCAUAAAGUCAAACCAAUUUGACAAAGAUCACAGCGAUAGGUUGCUCUCACUGUUUUUUGUUACCAUCAUUUUUUUUAUAUUUAAGUAUGCAGUGAUUUUUGGUACUGUACAUUUGCUGUAGUUUGAAUGCAUAUUGCACUUUUUUACAUUUGUUAAAAUGUACUGUGUGUUUAUGAAAAUAAACGUUUUUUUCAUGCUA